CGUGACGUCACUUCCGGGUCAUUUCUGCGCAUCCCUUGAUUCAGCGCGGCGCACCAGCCGCCAUCAUUUGAAUUUGAAAACAGUGAUCCUUACGUCUUGUAGAUCUGGCGUGGCUUUGCUGAUCCCGGGGAGGGGAGACCGUUGGGAGCCAAGCAGAAGUCAAGUCUCUGCCUCGGCGACGAAGGCAAGCCAAGGUAGAAUGGAAACUAAUUCAGAUGGAACAGUGGUACAGAGACCAUCCUAUCUUGUUAGUGCUGAACCCACUGAAAGGCCUACAGGAAUAGAUGUUGAUGAUAUUAAGCUUGACCUGUCCCAUGAAUUUUCCUUGGUUGCUUCUAGCUCUGAGGAAAAUGAGUUACAGUCCAAGGACCAUGUACAAGUUUGCCUUAGAAUACGACCUUUCACGCCAUCAGAAAAGGAAAGUGACUCCCAGGGCUGCAUUUAUGUUCAAGAUUCUACUACUGUUCUACUAAAAGAUCCCCAAAGUCUAGCUGGUCGGUUGAGUGAAAAGUGUUGUGGGCAGAUGGCACAGAAAUUCAGUUUUUCCAAGGUUUUUGGUCCUGAAACCACACAGAAAGAAUUCUUUGAAGGGAGUAUUAUGCAGCUGGUGAAAGACUUCUUGAAAGGAGAAAAUCGCCUGAUUUUUACUUAUGGUGUAACCAACUCUGGCAAAACAUAUACCUUCCAAGGUACAGAGGAAAACACUGGUAUUUUGCCUAGAACAAUGAACAUGUUGUUUAAUAACAUUCAAGACAAACUGUAUGAAAAGAUGGACCUAAAACCACAUCGAUGUAGAGAUUAUUUACGGUUAUCCUCUGACCAAGUGAAAGAAGAAGUUGCUAUUAAAAAUGCUUUGCUUCGACAAAUUAAAGAGGUUGCUCUUCAAAAUGGCAGUUGUGAUACCUUGUAUGGAAGUUGGAACUCUGUGAACGUCUCAGAUUUUGAAGAUUCCAAAGACUUUGAACAACCUAGUUUGAAUGUAGAUAAUACAGUGAAAUUUUCAGUCUGGGUUUCUUUUUUUGAGAUUUACAAUGAAUUUAUUUAUGAUUUAUUUGUUCCUGUAUCAAAUGACAAGUAUCAAAAGAGGAAAAUGCUGCGUCUUUCUCAAGAUGUCAAAGGCUGUUCAUUUAUAAAAGAUCUGCAAUGGAUUCAUGUUUCUGAUUCCAGAGAGGCAUAUAGACUUCUUAAACUAGGAUUGAAGCACCGGAGUUUUGCUUCUACAAAGCUGAACACUGCAUCUAGCAGAAGUCACAGCAUAUUCACUAUUAGAACACUGCAGAUAGAGGAUUCUGAGGUGCCUCAUGUAACAGGAGUCAGUGAACUAUCCCUGUGUGAUCUGGCUGGUUCAGAGCGAAGCAUGAAGACCCAAAAUGAAGGUGAAAGAUUGAGAGAGACUGGAAACAUUAACACUUCUUUGCUGACAUUAGGAAAAUGUAUUAAUGCUUUAAGGAACAGCCAGAAGUCAAAGUUGCAACAGCAUGUUCCCUUUCGAGAAAGUAAACUUACCCAUUAUUUUCAAAGCUUCUUUAAUGGCAAAGGAAAAAUAUACAUGAUAGUCAACAUUAGCCAGUGUUGUUCUGCCUAUGAUGAAACAUUCAGCGUUUUGAAGUUUGCAGCUGUUGCACAAAAAGUUUUUGUUGCAGAUAUUUUAAAUUUUUCUCAAGAGAAACCAUUUGGCCAGACAAAAUCUUCCAGGGAUACAUCGUUCAUUGCUAAUAAUGCAGAUACUAAAAUGUUACAAAUGAAGAGAACCACCAUUGAAUGGGAAAGGAGUCUUGAAGAUGUAAUAGAAGAUGAAGAUUUGGUAGAGAAUCCUGAUGAAGCUCAAGAUGACCAUAACAUGGAAGAAGCAGACAUGACAUUCAAAGAAGAAAAAUCUUUCAGCAAAGAGGAGUAUUCAAAACUACUGUCACUGAUAGAAGAUUUGAAGAACAAACUGAUAAAUGAAAAGAAAGAAAAAUUAACCUUGGAAUUAAAAAUUCGUGAUGAAGUUACACAAGAAUUUACUCAGUACUUGGCUCAACGGGAAGCUGAUUUUAAGGAAUCCCUUCUUCAGGAACGUGAAAUGUUAGAAGAAAAUUCUGAACGUCGGAUGGCAAUCUUUAAGGAUUUGGUUGGUGACUGUGAAACCUCACGUGAAGAGCCAAUGGAUGAAACUUGUACUGUGAAAGUUGAAUCCAAGGAAUCAGAUAAUUUUGUAGGAAUUGAAGACGUUAUUGAUUCUCUUCAAGAUGAUAUCACUGAUAUUAAGAAACAAGCUGAAAUUGCUCACUCAUUCAUUGCAUCUCUUGCUGACCCCCAGGAAGCUAUUGCUUGUUUAGAGCAAAAGUAUAAUCAAGCUACAGCUGAAUUAGCUAAAAUCCAAGAAGAAUUUGCUAAAGUCCAGGAAGAAUUAGUCAAGACCCAAGAAGAAUUAAAGAGAGAAAAUAAAUCAGAAAUGACUGACUGCAAGAUAUCUGUUCAUGAGCUUGAAAAUGCUAAUAAGAAAAUAGUUGCACAGAAUCAAAGAAUUCAAGAGUUAAUGAAUAUCAUUGAUCAAAAAGAAGAGACUAUUAACAAGUUGCAGAAUUUGGUGUCACAUAUGGAAGAUACAUUUAAAGGCUGUGAUGAGACCUUGUUUACUAUUAAAAAGGAAAUAUCAAAGUUGAAUAGUACUGAAAAUGUUGAGGCUAUUCAGAUUGAGAAGGAUAAGAAGAGAAUCUCCUCAGGAAGAAAACGGUCAUUUGAAGACAGUUUACUACAACAGGAAGAGCUGCCCACAAAGAAAGGGUCUGUUAAUAGUGCCAUUCUCCCUGAUGAGCAGAAGGAAACCAGAGAUCUGCAACAAGGCAUUUCAGAAAAAGAAGCAGACAUUAGAGAUUUACAAGAGGAAAAUGAAGGAUUAAAGAAAAAAUUACUCGUCAUGGAAAAAAACCUUUUAAAUGAAAAAGCAACAAAAGAGGAAUUAAAUCAACAACUUACAAGUUCACUGCAGGACUUGGCUUGCUCAAAAGAGAAAAUUUCUGUGUUAAGCGUAGAGAUUCAACAAAUUCGAUCUGAUUAUGAGAAUGCAAUUUCUGAAUUACAUGCACAGAAAACUAUAAACCAAGAACAAGAAGAUAAGGUUAUGGAAUUGCUGAAGGAGAUAGCAACAACCAGACAAAAUAUCACAAACAAAGUGGCACAAAUAAAAAUAAUGCAAACAGAAAUAGACAAGUUGCAUAUGCUUGAUUCUGUCCCUCAGACUCUAGAGGAAGAAUUACAAAAUCUAAAUGACCCUCUGAAAGAUUAUCCUGUUAAUUUGUCAAAUACUCAGUCCAACUUGGAUGCUGAAAAUUAUUCUGUAAAUACACAGGUUGAAGAAUCAAGUGUUGAAUGCUUUAGGAGAAAGAGUUCUUUUCAUUGUAGUAUUGAAGCCAUUUGGAAAGAGUGCAAGGCGAUGGUGAAAAUCUCCUCCAAUAAAAGCAACCAGAUCCAGGAAUUGGAACAACAAAUUGAAAAGUUGUAUCAAGAAGUGAGAGACAUUAAGGAGGAAAAUAAUCAACUAAAACUGAACAUCAGUGAAAAUAUGAACCAGGAUAAUUUACUAAAAGAAAAAGAAAACACUAUUAAACAGCUAAAAGAAGAAUUAGAAGGGAAAAUAAUUAGGCUUGCUGUUGAAGAACAACAUGUAGUUGAGUCAGAGAAAAAAAUUUCAGAAUUUACACAACAAAUCACCAGCCUGACAAAGAAAAUAAAAGAGCUUGAAACUAUCUUGGCAACCAAGAAGGACACAGAUAAUCAUUUAACUAUAUUGGAAAAAGUGGUUCUGGAAAAAGAAUCUCUUAUUUUGAAACUGGAAGGAAAUCUAAAAGAGUUUGAAGAAAAUCUUAAAAAUUCCAGUAAAAAUGCCAAAGAAUUAAGUGAUAAGGAAGCUGAAUUAAAGGAAGAAGUCAUACAACUGAAGAACAAUUUGCAAAAUGUGAACAAUUCACUGCAGAUAAAAGAUAAAGAAAAUGAGAACAACAGUCAAGAAAUAGUAAAAUUGAAGGAAGAACUCUCUGCCAACUCUGCUCUUAUACAUAAGCUGAAAGAAGAUCUUCAGCGGAAAGAAGAAGACCAUGUUGAUCUGAAAGAAAAAUUUGCUGAUGCCAAAAAGCAAAUUGAGCAAGUACAGAAAGAGAUAUCUAUAAUGCGUGACCAAGAGAAAUUACUGAGGAAUAAAGUUAAUGAACUUGAGAAAAUUAAAAACCAGUUUUCCCAGGAAUUAGAUAUCAAACAGCGAACUAUUCACCAGCUUAAGGAACAGCUGAGUAAUCAGAAUUCUGAAGAAAUUCUACAACAAUGUCAGAACAUACAUAAGGAUCUGGAUAUAAAAGAGAAGAUAAUCGAGGGAAUGAGAGUAACAAUGGAAGAACAGGAACAAACUCAAGUGGAAAUGGAAGAAAUGCUUGCAAACAGAUCAGAAGAAGUUGUAAUGCUAACAUCAGAGUUGGAAGAAUGGAAGGAAAAAUAUAAGAAUCUGGAGACCAAAAUCAGAGAUCAGAGACCACAAGAAGAAAAUCAAAGUAAUAAAGAAAACACAGAUGUUCUUAGUGAAAAGCUCAAUCAUUUACAGGAACAGUUACAGGAAUCAGAACAGAAACAUCAAGAUGAUAGAAAGAAAUGGUUAGAAGAAAAAAUGAUGCUAAUCACUCAAGCAAAAGAAGCUGAGACCCAUAGAAACAGAGAGAUGAAAAAAUAUGUUGAAGACCGAGCCCGUUGUUUACAACUUCAUAGUGAAGUGGAAAGACUUACUGCACAGCUAGCAAAUAAAGAUGACGACUUACAGAAAUGGCGUGAAGAAAGAGAUCAGCUGGUUUCAGCAUUAGAAAUACAGCUCAAAACAUUGGUCUCCAGGAACAUUCAGAAAGAUAAUGAAAUUGAGCAACUGAAAAAGAUUACAUCAGAGGACCCUGGAAAGGAUUAUAAGCAUACAAUAAAAGAAUUGAAGACAAUGUUAGACGAGAAAGAAAAUACCAUUAAAAAGCUUAAAGAUUUGAAUCAUUCUGAGAAGUCCAAGGAAGUAAUAGCUCUGACAGAUGCAGAGAUGAACACAGGGAAACAGUUGUCUCCUAAUAUACAGGAAAAACAAGUCACAGAUAACAAGUCUGGAAAUGCUAUCCCUCCUGAUUCUGACACAGUUAAAAGGGAGAUGUCAUCAGUGCCCUGCCCAAGUGAUGAGAUAUCUAUGGCAGAAAUAGAGGAUGGUUCGGGUAUAGCCCUUGACUCUUCUGAAGUGUCAACAGAUAAUGAACAUGUAACUCGGUUUCCAAAAUCAGAAUUAGAGAUCCGGUUUACACCUCUGCAGCCUAACAAGAUGUCAGUGAAGCAUCUUGGUAGUCUUGUACCAGUGACGGUUAAGAUAUCCAAGCCUAAGAAGAGGAAGAGUAGUGAGAUGGAAGAGAACUUUGUGAAACAUGAAAAUAAGAAAAAUGUUACCACACCCAGAACUAAGUUGCCAGACUCAUAUGGUUGCAAUUCUAUCAAAAAGGAACCAAAGGUUUCCACUAUGCUAUCAUCUAAAAAGGCAUAUUCUUUACGGAAUCAAGCAUCUACUCUCAGCCCAAAGUCAUCCAUUAAGAAAAAAGAUGGAACAUUACAAAAGUUUGGAGAUUUCUUACAACAUUCACCGACAAUUCUUCAGUCAAAAGCAAAGAAGCUGAUGGAAAAAAUGAGCCCUUCAAAGCCCAUUGGACCUGAAAAAGGUAAUGAAAAUGGAUCCCGACCAAAGCGGACCAAACGGAAGUUGUAUACAAGUGAGAUCUCCAGUCCUUUAGAUAUUACUGGCCAAGUGAUUUUUAUGGAUCAAAAAGAAAAAGAAAGUGAUCACCAGAUUCUCAAACGAAGACUCCGAACCAGAACAGCCAAAUGAAUCAGAUUUGGAGAAAAUUUUAAUGGACUUCUCAUUCUUAAUCAGUGCAAUUUAUGCUGUUUUUUUUUUUUUAAAGAUCAUUUGUACAUAUCAUGAUGCUCUUAAUUCCCUAUGUAUACAUCCCUGUUUUUAUAUGCGUACUUUAUACUUGUAAUUCAUUAAAGAAGGAUUUAUCAAAAAAUUAUUCAUUUUGUGACUAUUAAGGACUGGAAAACCAGUGAAGUAUUAAGCAGAACACCACCUCCUGUUUUUCUUCUGCUUUGGUGCCUGGAAAAGAAGCCUUCUGAUUAUAUAUAAUAUCUGUCUAGGGUGCAAAGGGAAUAGUUAAAAAAAAUAUUCUGAAUAUUCAUGAAUUUAUGAUCUCAUUGGCUUGGUAGUUGUUUUUUUUUCACCUAUAUAGAUCAUAAGCUCUCAGGCUUCUUUAUUCUAUGCUGCUCUUGACUAUCUUCCCUUAAAUUUCCAAGGGUAAUCCAUCCUGGAUUUCUGGAAUUCUCCUAUGUUCUCCUGAUAUUGAGUACUACAUCAUCCCUCAGCCUCAUGAUGUGAUCUGCCCAUCUGAAUAUUUUGGUAUAUCACAUAAGUUUGCAGUGGUUGAUCAUGUGCUAGUGUGUACAAAAGUCACAGUAAUAAACAACUUUUUUCAGGCAA